AUGUCGUCUUCUACGGGCGACCACGGCGAGUCCUACCAGCGGCCCAGCGAGCGCAACGAGUUGGCGUCGUCUAGGGAGAAUGGCGAAAAUGCCGCGUACGGCUGGCGGUCAGAGAUCCUGAACGCGUGCACAGACGUUUCAGCGGUACAGAGUCCGUACCAACUUAACGCGCAGACGCCUCCUCCGUUCGCGCCGGCGCCGGUGAGCCAACCCGCUUCACAAUCUGCCGCGACGCAGCAGCGUAAUGAGGGCACUCCUCUGCAGUCAGAGACUCUCCCAAAGUACGGCUCAUCGUUAAGGGUUCACACCUCCACCUUUCCCUUGGGCUUCUCCUCCGUCACGCCAAGCCUCGGUUCAGGUGAGCUCUCAUCGUCCCCUUUUUCACACCGGCACUCCGAUACUUACGAGAGACCGCUGCCGCCCGAGGCCCUCGGCGCUCGGCAACUUGUCGACUAUAUCUUCACUCCCCACUCCCCUGGGCGUCCCCACAGCUCCCUGUCACCGCCGUCCGUCGUGCCCCGGCCCUCCCCGCGUGAGAUCGGCUGGCCGAUGCCGCUGCUUGCUGAGCCGGUGAACCCAAUCUCGGGGCGGCGGCUUGUCUUCUUUGGCAAGGGCCAGCAACCCCGGUUUGUAUUGGCGGAGAAAAAGAACCGCUUUAUUGCGGUGGUGUUCAAGCCAAUCCUACCCACCGCAGCUGCGGCCGUCGUUAGCGCUGCACCUGAGCUCGCGGACACUAGCACCGCCACUGGCUACACGUCCUACGGUACGGUGCUGGGCUACUCCGACGACAACGCGCAGAUCGUGUGGCACGACCGGUCGGAGCGGUUUGCCAGCUACGUUUCACUCUCCAGCAUUCAGUCUAUUCACCGCGCUUCCGCCAUGCAGUGCAGGCACUGCGGGUUUGUGCUGCUCAAGCAGGAGCUGCGAGAGCACAUGAGCACACACAAGAAAGGCUCCGGGGUCGAGUACGGGGUCUUCACGGACGAUGAGUCGCUCGGCAUGCUGUGCGGUGAUUCGGGGCUCAUGCAGAAUCUGGCCUCGCCGCGCCGGCUGGGUGAGGGCGCGCAGGGCGUUGUAGACCUGAUGGAGGUGGUGCAGCCAACAACGGAGGAGGUCGCGGAGGCUGGCCCAUCGAGUGCGGCGUACCGCUUCGUCAGCGAGCAUCUCUCUCACGAGAGUCGACUGCAAAAGGUGGUGCUGAAGUCGAUGCGUUUUAGCAGCGAGGCGAAGGCCCUGGAUGAGUACCAGAAGUCCGUCCGCUUCAUGACGGUGAUGAAGCAUCCUCACCUCGUCGAGUACCUAGCCGUGCAGCUGAAGCCGGAUCGACGCACGGUGUGCAUCUGCAUGCCCUAUUAUCAAGAAGGCGACGUGGGGGCAAUGAUCCGCAACUUCCGCGGUGACCGCUUUGACGAGAGCUUCAUCUGCUCCAUUGCACUCCAGCUUUCUCUCGCCCUUGCCUUUCUGCACGAGCGCAACCCGCCGAUCGUCCACGGUGACCUGAAGAUGGAGAACGCCAUGUUUUACAACAACAAACAGCAGAUUGUUCUGACGGACUUGGACGCCAGUCGCGAGGUGCUGGGUGGGUACCAAGAAGCGGUGCAGUCGUCCGUGGGAACCACCGCGUACAUGGCCCCAGAGACGCUGAAGGUAGAGAGGCUCAUGCCGUCGUCGGAUAUGUGGAGCCUGGGUGUGUUUCUUUACGUCCUCACCGUGCUUCCAGACUUUCCGAUGAUCCUGAACCCCAACACCCAAAACCUCGACCUGCUCAACGCGGACUGCUGGGCCACAGAGGAGGACCUUCGCGCGAUGGAGUCCUACUCCAGCGCCCUGAACGACGGCCGCUCCAAUGUGCCGUCCGUGAACGCCGGCAGCGGGAACUGCGGUAUUACCUUGGGGGAGUGUGUGCGAGCAAACGUCACACGCAAGGGGUACUCCAUCGAUCUUGCGCAGCUUGUUGUGGACUUACUCUCUUACAAUCCACUGAAGCGGCCCACGGCGGAAGUGGUGGGGCGUCGUCUGACGGAGAUCAUGACGGACUACCUGCUCGAAUUUUAG